UCCGCCAUCUUGCUGCACCGGCACCAUGGUGCGCAUGAACGUUCUGGCCGAUGCUCUCAAGAGCAUCAACAACGCCGAGAAGCGUGGGAAGCGGCAGGUGCUGAUCAGGCCGUGCUCCAAAGUCAUCGUCCGGUUCCUGACUGUGAUGAUGAAGCACGGUUACAUUGGUGAAUUUGAGAUAAUUGAUGAUCACAGAGCUGGGAAGAUUGUUGUCAAUCUCACAGGCAGACUCAACAAGUGUGGUGUGAUCAGUCCCAGAUUUGAUGUUCAGCUGAAGGAUUUGGAAAAGUGGCAGAACAACCUGCUGCCUUCACGUCAGUUUGGGUACAUUGUACUGACAACCUCAGCUGGCAUCAUGGACCAUGAGGAGGCUAGGCGAAAACACACAGGAGGCAAAAUCCUGGGAUUCUUUUUCUAAAACUUGUAAAAAAAGAGGAUACUAAUAAAUU